GCUGAAGUUAGUCCAAGUCUUUAUUAUUAUUAUGCUAGCUUACUUUUUCUCCUCUGCUUCCCACUGUAAGCCAUGAAGACCCACAAGGUGCAGGGACCCUCAACAUGUUCCACCAUCACUUUAUUAGGUCUGCCAAAUCCUGCAUGCGACAGGAGGAAUUCAGAACUAGGCAGAGACUGAUAGCCUUUGAAGUUUUCGAUGUUAUAUAACGAGUGCUCCUUUGGAAACUUGUCUCCACAGCCCCUCUCCUGUGUAUCUCAGCUCUACUGCAGGAAGUCUCUGUCCUACAUCACAGGGUUGGCACUGAUGUUGAUAGAUUUGAGAAGGCCAAAUCUCACUGGGAAUAAGAAUAUUAAUUGUUUGUAUAAUGUGGACCGAAGACUGUUCAUUCGGUCUCAUGCAUACUGCACCACAUAGUUGACCAUGUGACGGGAAAGGAGGAGAAAAACAUUGAUGAGAGAAGAAAGAAAGAUAGGACAAUGAUGGAUAGAAUGGUGUAAACAUACUACGGUGUGUUUGCUACAGGAAAGAGAGAGAGGGUGAAGUUUCUACCAGUAAUACGGUAGCUCACAAAGAGCUAAAAAGGUGGUGGUGACACGCGAAUUCUUUCAGCGUAGAGAGUCAAAAGCUGAUCUGCCCAACUGUCAUAAUUUGGAGAAGGUGAUGAUAUGCGAAUUCUUUCUCGCUUUUCAGGUAGAGGGAUGGAGUGUAUGACAGUAAGGCCAGCAUGAGGAUUUUGUCUUCUCCCAUCUCUCUCUCUCUCUCUCUUCGGUCAUUAAAUCCUGUUAACAAAGAACUGUUCUCGUGAUCCGUGGCUUCCCAUACUGAGUGUUGUGUUAAUCCUCGACGGUCCCAUCGAUCUGUAGAGGUCCCAUGUAGCACAGGCAGCUCAAAGGUGAAGACCUUUACAUAAAUCAUUCCUAGAUAAAGAGAAAUAUUUGUGUUAGAAGGUGCAAGACAAAGAGAGCUCUUUUGAUAGGAAGCCCCAGGUUGAGAUAGGUGAUCAGGACCAUCAAGUCACCAAAAACUUCUGUUUGGUUCUUUCCUCUCAGUUUUUCUUGUAUGGGACAUCACUGUUGAUCUCAAUAGAAGCCUACAGCAGGGAAGAGAGAGAUGGGGAACUGCAGAAGGAAUGGAGCCGUGAGACAGUACAUUAGAUCAAAGGUUCCUCGGUUGAAAUGGACGCCUGAGCUCCACCAAUGCUUCAUUCAUGCCAUAGAAAGGCUUGGAGGCCAAGACAAGGCCACACCUAAGCUUGUGCUCCAGUUGAUGAAUACUAGAGGACUAACCAUAUCCCAUGUCAAGAGUCAUCUCCAGAUGUAUAGAAGCACGAGGAAUAACAUGGGCAGGCAAGAGUUCCAUGGAAGAAAGCAUUCAUGCCAACGCAAUGAUGAAGGUGCCGAUGAGCAAGAUGAUCUUGGUUCUACCCAAGCUUGGGACCCAACUAAGGAGGAGUUCCAGUAUCAACCGAUGUACUCUUCUCUUCCCCUUCUGAAAAGGGCUAGGUUGGAUGCACAACCCAACUCCAAAAGUGGGCAAUGUAGUCAGCAAAUCUGUGAGACAGUCACCUCCCAGUACUGGAUUGGUAAUUGCAUGCAAACCUUAGCUGUGGAUAGGGGAAUAAAGGAGGAGGGUAUCAUCUGGCAAAGGGAUGCUCUGCAGACUGAGGACAUGGCAGCUGAUCACCCUACCAAGCUCAAAGUUCUUGGAUACAUGGUGGAAGAAUCUGACCCUUUUAAGACCACUGUACUGAAUCGCCAGUGUCUCAGAUCUACAGAAGAGUUCAUGUUUACAGAGGUGUACGAGAAUGGGCAUCUGUCAUACAAAUCCCCAUCGUUGAGCAACGAGUUUGUGGAGAGCAAGGAAACCAAUGGUUGUUCUCUGUCACUGUCCUUGUCAUUGCAUCCAUCUCAAAGGAACAACUCAUCAUCAAGUGAAGGAAGCUGUGCAUUCUCUUCUUCCUCAGGGAGAAACUUCAAUGAUCACUCACAUUAUUCUGUCAGUCAUAACAGAGCUAAUCUGGAGCUCUCCAUGUCGAUCUGCGACUCUUGAAUUGCAUCACUUACAUAUCUUGUUCUUCAA